AUGAAAUGGACAGUAGAUGAAGAUAAAGCUCUCCUUACGGCUUUUAUGAUGUCAGGCGUUGAUCAACUCAACGGCACCAGUAAAAUAUCAAGAGAUAAGUGGGUGAAUAUUAUGCGAGCCUUUGAGGUGGCUCGACAAGAGAAUCCUUACAACAUCAAGCGUAGAAAAAUGGAGGCUGUCAAAAGUCGAUGGAGAAGAAUGAAUUUGUCUGUGAAAAAGUGGGCUGAUGUGUACGCGGAAGCAAGCAAACUGAAAGGCAGUGACUCAAGUGAAGCUGAUAUCUUGGCUGAUGCCCACAGGAUGUAUCAAGGGUGCUCAAAUGGAGCACGCUUCACAUUCAAGCACUCGUGGAACAUAAUAAAGCAACAUCGUAAUUGGCAGGGCUCAACGAACCAUUUCCCUUACGAAUGUAGUGGUAAUGUUGGGGAAGUUGCUAUGAAGAAAACUCAAGAGAAAGAACAAGAAAUGGAAGAAAGUCUAGAGAAGAUGCGACAUGAGAAUAUGAAAAAGAUGGAAAAGAUAGAGAGACUCAAGAAACUUCAUAUGCUAAUGACUAUAACAACUUAA